AUGAAGAACGCCAGAGAGGCCGUCUGUUUCAAGAAACGCAAUGAUCUCACUGCAGACCCUUUGCUGACCCAAGAGAACAGAGACCUUUAUCUGCUCCCUUCCUCCUCCUCCUCCAUCUGUGAGGUGUGCAGAUGUGGACGCCAUCAUUGUCCUCAUCUACCAACCAAGCCCUUUGGCACGAAUGAGAAACCAUGUCUCCUUUCUGAGUAUAUGGAAAAAUACCCCCUUUAUCCCAACAUCCUACCUCGGGAAUCAUGCAAGCCCACCACGGAGUACCAGAAGCAGCCAGUGCCAAUGGAAGCCCUUUCAACAACCAAGAGAGAUUACAUCCCACACGAAGUUUUCCGUAUUAAACAGAAACCUCCUGAUCAAUAUGUCAAGAGCAAUGAAUGUAUGGACCUACAGUCUACGUAUAGACAAGACUAUAACCCAUACUCCGUAUCGCGAGUGGCUCCUUGCAUGCCCCAGGAACAAAAAUAUUAUUCUGAUGAGAAGAUGAACACAGUCCCCACGUAUAAAACUGAUUACGUGGCAUGGAAUCAGCCAAAAAGAGAGAUGAUUAAGCCAGAUAACAAUUACCGCCCACCAGAAGAAAAAUUUGAUCACAGGACCACUAACCAGGAUGCUUUCCAAUACAAAGGGCUGGUCACCACCAAGCACUAUAAGCCUGUAAGGCCUCUUCACACCUCCAAGGUCCCCUUGGAUAGCAUGACCAAUUAUAAGUUGAAUUAUGUGCCUCACCCCAUCCCAAAACGCUUUGUCCAUACCCAAGAGCCAUUCCAGGCCUACAAUGUCCCAUUUGAUGGUCUCACCACCCACAAGCUUGCUUACAAAGGCUUAGCAGGCGAGCCAGCCAAGUCCACGAAACCAGAUUAUGUGAGGCCAGAUGCAGGCAAUUUUAUGGGCACUACUGAAUUCAAGGAGAAGUUCUUAGCCUGGCCAGUAGGUCCUCGCAUCAUCAAGAAGCCGGUGGCUUACACUCCUCCUACAGAGAAGAUGGACCUCCAAACAACAGCACAGACCCACUAUGGAGAUCCUCAUGGGCGCCCGGCAACAUCGUAUAAACCCUUGGCCCGGGUUGUCGAACACACAGAACCUUUCAGCAACUGCUCCACUAUGAAGGAAGACUUCCAGCAUUGGCACUCUGAAAGAUCCAAGCCCAUCUUGCCCCAUUGCGAGAUCACCUUGUCCUCCGAACCCAUGGACCUCAUGACCUCCUUCCAAACCCAUUACGUUCCUCACCCGCUCCCGUCCAUAAAGAGCUUCCGGCCCCGCUUGCCAGUGGCCAGACCUCAUUUGCCGUUUGCUGAGACCACCACCUACGGCACCAGUUACACAGCCAAGGACGUGCACAUAUGCCCUGCCUCUUUCAAAGAGCCACCCGGUUACGUUUUCGAGAAGGUUGACGAAGGUGGCCACAGGCGGUUCCGACCGGCAUCCAAGAUGCAAUCCCGACGGGCGUCAAACUCAAAGCUUGCUGAUUACAGAGGCCUCUCUGGCAGCCGGCUAAAUCAAGACAUAGGUGUGAAAGCUUGA